GGCCAGUGCGCCUGUGCGGACCGGAUACUGGAAGCGGAGGCAGUUGCUGCCUUCAAGGCUACCGGUAUAAUCGGAAUUAUGUCAAAAAACACUGAAACCACAAAUAGAAAAGGGUCACUUUUGUUACUAGGUUUUUUUAUUUUUCAUUAGCGUUAAGUACUCUAAAGCAGAAGCUUCCGCUGAGCACCUGAACGCAGCACGAGAGCUCCAGCGAUGUAAAGAGAAGGAGAGGGAGAGGAGGAGGUGGAGGCAGCUCGAGGAGAAGCAUGAAGAAUAUCCCCGGUGUCUAAACUGACAAGUCUCUCUCGUAAGGGGCCGACUGGAAGCGGAGGGAGGCAGCGGGGCCGAGGACAGGAUGGAGGAGAAGAAGCAGUUUCUUUGUGGGGUGGUGGAAGGUUUCUAUGGGAGGCCUUGGUCUAUGGAUCAGAGGAAAGUUCUCUUCCAAUGGAUGCAGCAUUGGGGGUUGAACACCUACCUGUACGGCCCAAAAGAUGACCUAAAACACAGACUGUUGUGGAGAGAAGUCUAUUCUCCUGAAGAGGAGGGUCAGUUGCGUACUCUCAUAGCGGAGGCCCAGUCAAGAGGCCUGAGGUUCGUUUACGCCCUCUCUCCUGGUCAGGACAUUGUCUUCUCUUCUUCCUGUGACCUGACACUACUCAAACGCAAACUGAGACAGGUAUCAGACCUGGGUUGCCAGGCAUUCGCCAUUCUGUUUGAUGACAUCGAUCACUCCAUGUGUCAGGCCGAUAGUGAGGCCUUUUCUUCAUUCGCCCAUGCUCAGGUCACUGUAACCAAUGAGAUGUAUCAGUUCUUGGGGGAACCACCUGUCUUCCUAUUCUGCCCUACAGAGUACUGUGGUUCUCUGUGUUCUCCCAGUAUAUCAAAGUCUCCCUACCUGCAGACUGUUGGAGAGGACCUGCUGCCCAACAUAACUGUGAUAUGGACAGGCAGUAAGGUCAUCUCCAGGAAACUGUCUGUAGACUGCCUGGCUGAGGUGGAGUCUGUCCUCCAGCGCCCCCCGCUCAUCUGGGACAAUCUGCACGCUAAUGACUAUGACUCCAGACGUCUCUUCUUGGGGCCUUUUAAGGGCCGAGAGCCUCAGCUGAGGAGCCACCUGAGAGGCCUGUUACUCAACCCCAACUGCGAGUUUGAAGCCAACUACAUCCCUCUCCAUUCGCUGGGAAGCUGGUACAGAGCUGGAAAAGAGGAGAGGAAAGAUGAGGAGUGUGACUACUGUCCUGAUAAAGCUCUGUCUGCUGCACUACAUGAUUGGAUGGAGGAACUCAACCAACCACUACAAGCAGGUCGGCAGAGCACACGAGCAGACCAGCGUUCCUCUGCUCCACCAUCUCGUUCCAAAACUCCUGACAGAUCCGACUGCCCUUCCACCUUCAGAGGAACCUCUGCCGUGGCCAAGCUUCCUGUUUUCCCCCUGAACUCCAGCUCACCCCCAUCGUCACCCACUAAGAUCAAGGGGGAGAGGGAGGAACGAGAGGGGGAGAAGAAGAUGUCAAACCAACCUAGUCAACCCAAUCAACAACCUCCAGGAUCCAGGCCUGGAGCACCUUCAGGUGGAGGCAGGGGACAGAAGGCCCAGGGUCGGGCACUCUGUGGUGGGAAGGGCCUACUAAGUGAGUCUCAGGUGCGGCUGCUGGUUGGUCUUCAUUAUCUGCCCCACGAGCAUGGGCCGUCUGCCCAGAAACUGCUGCAGGACCUGACCUGGCUGAAAGCAAACUGCCACCUGGUCAGCACUAACAGCAAGAAGGCACCGCCUCAGAAGAUUGAUGAGUGGCGUGGCCGGGCCUCUGGGUUCCUGUCCCUGUGUGAAGACAUAGCACAGCUCCACUGCAGCGUGGUGGGUGGGGCCAACAGGGCUGUGCUCUAUGACCUUUACCCUUAUGUGUGGGACCUGAGGAACACAGCUCUGGUGGCUAAAGCAUUCAUAUGCUGGCUGGAUGGACGAGUGUUGAGUGACAGCUCCACCCUGGGCACAUGGAGGAACUGCUUCCACUGGUGUGGGAAGACCACAGGGGUGGACCUAUUGGGAGUGGAGUCAGAGCCAUGGGCAUUCAAAGGGGGCGUGUCUGGGGAGGUGCAGCUGCUUCUCCCAAUAGGCAACAGCAGUGAAAUCUUCACUCAUCCUCCUCCUCUCUUCCCUACCUCUCGUCUCUAUAACAUCAGGCCCUACCAUAGCAAGGACAAGGUGGAGUUGUAUCGGAUGGUGCGCCAACUCCACCUGAGGACUCAGGGUGGCCAAGAGUCCAGUGCUGCUCACCCAGAUGUCAUAGGAGACAGAUGUCUCGGACCGUGCCUGGCAUUGUGCCCCGAGUACAGCUUCAUCCUGGAGGAUGAGCUGGGUGUGUGCGGCUGUGUGUUGGGCAUCUUGGAUGUUCGCUUUUUUGCCAAGCGGUGCCAGGCCAGUUGGCUGCCUGCCAUGAGGGACAAAUACCCACCCAAAGGGGGCAACACACACCCCAACACACCGGAUUUGAUCCAGCUGAUGGAGGAGGACCAGGGAGAGUACCCAGACUCUCUCCUCUAUCACUUCCCCUCUCAGCUGCGACUGGAUGCCCUGCCUGAGCUGGUAGACAUUAGCGUCAGCCGCACCCUGCUCACCGCCCUCCUCACUGCACUAAAGGCCAACGGUUCUCAGGGUGUGUUCUGCGAGGUGCAGCCAACAGACCGUCAGAGGCUGGAGUUCUUGACAAAACUGGGCUUCCUGGAGAUCCUUAGAGGAGAAGCCAGGAGCAGAGAGGGAGUGGUGCUGGGGAGGCUGCUCUGAACAUAAAACACACACACACACACACACACACACACAUUCACUCACAUGGUCACACACAUACACACCACCAGAAACAUGUAAAGACACUCACACCCAUAUAGUAGAUACACACGAAAGAUGUUAGAAAGACAGUAUGUACAGUACAGCAUAGAGACGGAUAAGCUUUGCAAAGAAGCAGGAUCUGUAUUUUCUCCAUUCAGAGAGAAAACCUUUUUUAAGGGACAAUCCUGGGUUCCUUUGAGACUGUGUGGCAGUAAUGGGGAUAAACCCAGAGAUUUCUGAGGGAUUUACAAAAUAUAAAAUAAGCUUGGAGUUUAAACCUUCAGCAGAGCUAUGCUAAUCUUUGUCGGAAGUCAACAACAGAAUAGUUUGAGAUGUGAGCAGAGCAGUAGAUCACAGCAGCUACAGCGUUCUCCUCUGUGGCACAUGUGUCAUUUACACAUAUGUAUCUUUUCUGUUAAAGCGGUUAUUAUCAAUAUUUUACCAAAUAUACUGCCAAAGACGGAGCUAAAAUGAGAGUCAAUAUUGUACUUACGUUUGCCAGGUAGCCACAAACACGACUCGAAUGAAAUGAAUGAUAAUGUUGCAAUGUACCGGCUGGAUGUGUAAGUAGGCAACUCCAUAUCAUCUAUACAAGUUGAUAAUAUGUUAGUGAUGUGUUCACAGGGGCAAAUCUUCAACCUACAAAAACCAAAGUGUAAAAACCACCCAUUGUGCUUUUAUGGGGGCGUUAUGUGCUGGAUUAUUUCUUGGCCAGGCGCAGUAGUCUUUUCGUUACUGUGUGGUUGCCAGGCAACCAGAGGAGACACUUUGUUUUUUGUACAGAUUAAAUGAGAUAUAACGUGUUAAUUAGUGAGCUUAAGAGGUGCUGGUAGGUGGAUUUUGUUAACACUGGAGAGAGCCAGGCU